AUGAUGAUGGUUAUCCCAAAAAGUUGGACAAAAAAGCGUUUAUUUUUGAAAUUUAGAUUCUAAACAUAAUUAUAUUUAAAAAAAUAUUUUACAAUUUUUUGAUUUCAACAAAAUAUACUCUCCUUAGUAUUAAAAAGAAGAAAAAUCGAUUUUUCAUUUUUUAAAGAUUACAAUAAUUANACUAAAAAUUAAUAAGAUGCUGAUGGUAAAUUAAAAGCAAAAGAUCAGGAAAUAAAUACUUCUAAAUAACAAUUCAAUUAAAUAUAAUAAGAACAUAAUUAAUUGAAAUAAAAUCUAAUAGAAAAACCUAAACUCCUUUCUGAAUAGUAUUGUAAUGAAGUAUGGAAAUAGAUUGAAGAAAAAACAAAAAAGAAGAUUAAAAUGUCUAUACUUAUUUAUUAAGGAACAAAAGAUGGAAUGAAUCAUACAACUUCUUGGAGUAAAAUAAAUGGAAAAUAAAAUUUACUUUUUGUUUUUAAAUCUAAGAGUGGGAAUAUUUUUGGUGCUUAUUCUCCUUGUUAAUGGUUAUAAAAUAAAAAUAGUUAUGUAUAAGAUGAUACAUUAUCAUCAUUUCUAUUUACUCAGACUCAUAAUUAAUUUUAUCCUUUGAUAGAAGCUAACAAAGCCAAUGCUAUUUAUAGCCACUCAUCAUAUGGUCCAACUUUUGGUAGUAAUCAUGAUUUAUAUAUUGGUACUGACUUUUAAAGUGGAUCCUCAAAUAUAGGAGGAACAUAUAAGGUUGAUUAAUACAAUAUUGCUGACAAGACUAUUCACUUAUAUGGCUAAGCAACACCAAAUUUAGAAGAAUGUGAAAUAUUUGAGCUUAUUUUAAAAUGA